UGCUAAGCACCCGGAGCGUCGCGCGGUCACGAUGAGACGCGCCGUUGAAUCUCGAUGGAGAAUCCGCUUUUUUGAGACGUAUAAUUGAAGUUUUUGACUCGUUGAAAUGAAAGAAACACCUUGCAGUGUUUAUAUGUGAGAGACAUGCGCUCUUAUAAACAACAGAUGAAUAAUUAUAAUGAUGAAUGUGGAAGAUUUCUGCCUCCUGCCGUUAACAGUUAUAAGCAGCAUCUAGCGGCUGUGAAGUCAUUACUGCCCGACAGACUGAGCCACAGACCGAUCGAUUUGAAGUUGUCAAACGGGCUGAGAAAACCUUUAAAUGUGGACUCCAUGAAGCAAAACCCGUGGAAAACAGUCAGGAAUCAUCGCAGUGCUGUGCUGGCGUGUGAGAGCGAGGGUCCGGCUCCAGAGCGAUGUGUGUUUUCUCUUCCCGUGGCUCUUCCUGUGGGGAUGGUGUGGGAUUUGGGACCUCAGGCGUACCGGGUGCAACCCCACAGAACCACUCAAAGCGCAGGAGCUGCGUGCUGUCAGAGUAAAGCUGUGACGCGGGGUGACACGGUGCGUCUGCGUGAUCAUUCUGCAAAAGGUUUCUCCUUCAGUUUGGCAGGCAUCACCUCCAACUCCGAGAGACUCGACCUGAGCAGACGGGGUCUAAUGGACUUUCCUCAUCUGAACGGAGGAGAUAAACUGCGUCUGCUCAAUUUACAACACAACUUCAUCUCUCUCCUGCAGAACCUGACUCUCCUGCCACACCUUGUGUUCCUCGAUCUCUAUGACAACCGUUUGAUUGACAUGUCUGGCAUCUCCUCUCUCACCUCUCUGCGUGUACUUCUGCUGGGAAAGAACAGGAUCCAGAGGAUUUGUGAUGUGGACGGUCUGAGUAAACUGGAUGUUCUGGACCUCCACAGUAAUCAGAUCAGUCAGAUUGAGAACGUGUCUCAUUUGUCAGAGCUGCGUCUGUUGAAUCUGUCAGGAAAUCUCAUUACUCGAGUGGAGAAUCUUCAGGGUCUGAAAUCACUGACGGAGCUUAACCUACAGCACAACCACAUCACAAGUGUGACUGGUGUGGAGCAUCUUUCUCGUGUGAAGCGGGUGUUUCUCAGCGCUAACAGGAUUAGCAGUUUUGAUGAGCUGGCCUGUCUGUGGAACUGUCGCUCUCUGAGUGAACUGAGUGUUGAUGGGAAUCCUGUAGCGCUGGAGUCAUGCUACAGACAGACUGUCCUCCGCUGCUGCUCAUCACACCUUCACAUACUCGACAUGAAACGCGUCACGGAGGAGGAGAGACGCACAGCGAGUGUUUCAGCACGUCGGGAGGAUGAGAAGAAGAAAGAGACUCACAAACACACUGCACACAAGGAAAGGCGUCGGCUGGCGAUUCAGAAUGCAGCGCAGCAGUGGGAGGAGUUCAAAUCAUCCUCAGAGCUUCCCACCCAGAAUGAUGUAAAAGACGAUGUCAGUCCAGACAAUAGCCCCGCCCACAGCCCUGCACUGACCAAUGGCAAUGCUCAGGAGACCUCGCCGGAUGAGCCCAGACGCUUGAGUCCGCUCACGGUUUCAGCCGGAGCAAAUGACAACAGAAUCAAAUCAAGCAGUCGACCAAACAGCCCCAGGUUUCAGGAGGGCAGCGGUGCAUGUGUUCAGAAUCUGUCCAUGUCAGACAAUCAUCUGGCUGAAUUAGACGGCGAGACGCUGCGUCUGAUCGGAGCCGGAGCUCUGGAACCUCUGGAGCGCUGCUGGAGCGUUCAGACGGCCGCCGGCGUCACCGUCAUCUCAUUCCGUUACAUCAACUUUGACUCCAUCAUUCCCACAUUGCUGCGCAUUCGCCUCAAAUUCCCAAACCUCACGCACCUGAUGUUCAUGGAGACAAACAUCUGUCAUCUUCCUCAGCUGGCCGCUCUGGCUCAGAUCAGACGUUUAGAUCAGAUAUCCAUUCAUCCAGAGGGGAAUCCUGUGCUCACCCUGACGCUCUGGAGAUCUUUCCUCAUCUACAGACUUCAACAUCUCAACCUACACAAAAUCAACGGCACCGAGGUGAUGUUAAAUGACAUCAUUGCGUCUGAGAGGAUGUUUGGUGCUCUGGGUCAUGUAGCUGCUACAGAAACACCUCGCUGUCGCCUGCUGCUCCUGCUGGAGGAGUCCAGAAAGCGUCAGCUGCAGUUUGUGUUGGACGGUCGCGGUCGGCGGAUCGGUCAGAGUCCUGAGGAACUGAAGGAGAACGGAAAACAGCUGGGGGACGCUUUGAGCCGAGCGCUUAUCAACUAUCCCAUCAGAACAUCAGACAGUUCUGACACUGAGGGCAGCGGUGAUGUGUCGGAGCGUUCUGUGAUGGUGUCGCAGUAUCUCAGAGGUCUCGUGAACCGAGCGUCCAGUCACAGUGUGAAGGGAGACGCUCUGCAGAAACUCUGGCCGUCUCUCUUCACUGAGCUGGUGAGAGACAGUGUGCUGGAGAUGAGAGACAGACCGGCGUUCAGACACACCUCUCUCCAGCGCCGGAGAGACACACACAUGAAAUGAACCAAUGAACCAACUCUCACUUCCUGCUGCUGCUGAUCAAACACCUCACCACUCUUACUAUUCAAUUAUUCUUUUAUCACUCACUCUUUCAUUUAAUAACAUUGUGUAACUACAAAGUAAUCAUUUCAUGAAUUCAUUUUACUAAGGUUUAAAACUCUAUAUUUAUUCAUACAGUAAGAGACUCCAUGUAUUACAUGAAGAAGAUUUUAGCUGUGUUAUUUUAACAGUAAAGUUGAAUAAAAGCUGAAAGCUGUGUGGAAUGUU